GAAAGUAAAGGUGAAAAAAGUCCAAGUGCAGCUGCGGGCGCAAUGGGGGCCGGUUCCUCAAGCUACCGGCCCAAGGCCAUCUACCUGGACAUCGAUGGACGCAUCCAGAAGGUGGUUUUCAGCAAGUACUGCAACUCCAGUGACAUCAUGGACCUGUUCUGUAUCGCCACCGGCCUGCCUAGGAACACCACCAUCUCCCUUCUGACCACAGACGACGCCAUGGUUUCCAUCGACCCCACCAUGCCUGCCAACUCAGAGCGAACUCCUUACAAGGUGAGACCUGUGGCCGUCAAGCAACUGUCUGAAAGAGAAGAACUCGUCCAGGGUGUGCUGGCCCAGGUGGCAGAGCAGUUCUCCAGGGCGUUUAAGAUCAACGAGCUGAAGGCAGAAGUCGCAAAUCACCUGGCCGUGCUGGAGAAGCGGGUGGAAUUGGAAGGACUUAAAGUGGUGGAGAUCGAAAAAUGCAAGAGUGACAUUAAGAAGAUGCGGGAGGAGCUGGCAGCUAGAAACAGCAGGACCAACUGUCCCUGUAAGUACAGUUUCUUGGAUAACAAGAAGUUGACACCUCGACGUGAUGUCCCCACUUACCCCAAGUAUCUGCUCUCCCCAGAGACCAUCGAAGCCCUCCGCAAGCCCACCUUUGAUGUCUGGCUUUGGGAGCCCAACGAGAUGCUGAGCUGCUUGGAGCACAUGUACCAUGACCUUGGCCUGGUCAGGGACUUCAGCAUCAACCCUAUCACGCUCCGCAGGUGGCUGCUCUGCGUGCAUGACAACUACCGGAACAACCCCUUCCACAACUUCCGGCACUGCUUCUGUGUGACGCAGAUGAUGUACAGCAUGGUCUGGCUCUGUGGCCUCCAGGAGAAGUUUUCCCAGAUGGACAUCUUGGUCCUGAUGACCGCAGCCAUCUGCCAUGACCUGGACCACCCAGGGUACAACAACACAUACCAGAUCAACGCCCGCACAGAACUGGCCGUGCGCUACAACGACAUCUCACCGCUGGAGAACCACCACUGCGCCAUUGCCUUCCAGAUCCUGGCAAGACCAGAGUGCAACAUCUUCGCCAGCGUGCCGCCCGAGGGCUUCAGGCAGAUCAGGCAGGGGAUGAUCACAUUGAUCUUGGCCACUGACAUGGCGAGGCAUGCCGAAAUUAUGGAUUCUUUCAAAGAAAAAAUGGAGAAUUUUGACUACAGCAACGAGGAGCACCUGACCCUGCUGAAGAUGAUUCUCAUAAAAUGCUGUGAUAUCUCCAAUGAGGUCCGUCCCAUGGAGGUGGCAGAACCGUGGGUGGACUGUUUGCUGGAAGAAUAUUUUAUGCAGAGUGACCGUGAGAAGUCGGAAGGCCUUCCUGUGGCCCCAUUCAUGGACCGAGACAAAGUGACCAAAGCAACAGCCCAGAUCGGGUUCAUCAAGUUUGUCCUGAUCCCGAUGUUUGAAACAGUGACCAAGCUCUUCCCCAUUGUCGAGGAGACAAUGCUGCGGCCACUCUGGGAGUCCCGAGAACACUACGAGGAGCUGAAGCAGCUGGACGACGCCAUGAAGGAGUUACAGAAGAAGACGGAAAACUUGCCAUCUGGAGCCACAGAAGAUGCCACAGAGAAGAACAGAGAUGUGAAAAACAAUGAAGGCCAUUCUCCUCCAAACUGAUGUCUCAGUGUAUACACAGACUGUACCGGUUAAAGCAGCGGAGCUGUGGCCUCUGAGCGGACAGAGCCAGUGGGGCUUCCCAGGAUCCUCCACACAAAGAGGGUCAUGCCCAGGCGACCCCCUGAUGACCCGCCACAGACCAUGUUUUCUAAGAACCAUUUUGUUCACUGGUAUAAAAACAGGAAUUCAUGAUGUUGUACAGAAUUUUUAUUUUUAAACUGUCUUUUAAAUAAUAUAUUCUUAUACAGAAAUGGGUCUGUACUUUUUCUUUGGGUCUUGCACUCGGUCUCCCAAGGACUCUGGUUUUCCCCUCGGAUGUAUCGUCUUCCAAUGGUUGAACAGUGAGAUGUGUUGAACAGUGAGGUUCCUUGUAAAUUCCACAUUAAACAUCAGAAUGGU